GACGAAAAAGAUGGUGUUACCGAUGCUCUUAGCCAACUUUCACCGGAACAAGUUGAACAAUUUCGAAAAUAUUUUAAUAUGUUCGAUAAGGAAAAUAAAGGUUUUAUCAGAGCAACACAGGUGGGACAAAUAUUGAGGACAAUGGGACAGGCAUUUGAGGAAAGAGAUUUAAAGCAACUUAUUAAGGAAUUCGAUACUGACGGAUCAGGUGAAAUUGAAUUUGAAGAGUUUGCUGCAAUGGUCGCUAGUUUUGUUGUUGAAGAUGAUAACGCUGGUUUGGAGGAAGAAUUACGCGAAGCUUUUCGUUUGUAUGAUAAAGAAGGUAAUGGCUACAUAGCGGUAUCAGAUUUACGCGAUAUUCUACGUGCUUUGGAUGAAAACGUUUCAGAAGAAGAGCUAGAUGAAAUGAUCGCUGAAAUUGAUGCUGAUGGUUCAGGAACUGUUGAUUUUGAUGGGCUAAAAUACGCUGCUGGCAGACCGUCUAUUGGUUUGGCAUUAUUUGGAUGUAAAAAUAGACCUGCUUAUCGAAUUGUUGUAUUUCCUCACAAAGCGUACGGAAGGCAUCACGAAGAUAGUAUUAUUGAAGAGCUUGGCGCUUUUGAUCCGUUGCCCAAUUAUCGAAACGAGAAAUUAGUUGCUUGUGAUAUCACUCGUUUAAAGUAUUGGAUUGGAGAACGGGACGCUCAUAUAUCUCCAUCGCUUUUGGAACUUUUAGUUACGUGUUUUAUGUGCUGUUUCUUAUUUGUUAGUUGUUUCUCCGGAAGAUGUCGAGAAAAAGUUGAUUCACUAUUUGGAAAUUCUACUGAGUCCAAAGUUGUUCAUGCUCUUUAUGAAUUUGAAACUGAUACGCAAAAGUGUGAUGCAGCGGAAUCUGUGGCAGUAUUAUCUCAGGCUAUAUUUUGUGAAUUUUCUUAUUUGAAUGUGACUUUCACUUCUGUCGCUGUCUUGUCGGAGGGAAUCAACGUAUUGCCUUACGUCUUACUUAAUGUUUCUAUAUCGAUUAAUUACCCCGUAUCCUCUGUCUUUCUUAGAUUGGAAUGCUUAGAAGCACCAAGUUUGGAUGACGAUUACUGUCACAACCAUGAGAGACAACAUCAGAAAUGGGGACGGAUGAUAUGGCCUUGCCGGUCCCUCAUCCUUCCCAACCCAGAUUUGGUUCAUUAUCCAUUUUUCUUCAGUUAUUCGUGCUUCCGGCUCUCUGCUUAUUCUCAAUACCGUCUGAAUGUGUCAUGUGCUCCAUAUCAAUGCAGGAAAUCUUUUAUCGUCACGAUACCGAGUGAAACUCAUAUACAUCCUGUUAUAAAUCGUUUCUAUGAUAAGAGUGCUGAUGUAGGAUUUCAAACUUGGUCGCCUCUUGUCUCGGUUGACUUAACUUUGAAAGAUAGAAUUAUUAUAUAUUAUGAGAAACAUCCAAACUUGACUAAUACUGUGGUCUCUGUGGCUCUUUAUGAAAGAACUACCUUCCUGUUCUCUCAUCUUUUCACGGAUACAUUUGAACCUUUAUCCGUUGAAUAUGAAUGGAAGAAUGUACCAGCUGGGAAUUACACUGCAUACUUGUUUGUUAAUCGUAUGGAUUGUGAUGUAACAUGUAAUUCUGGGCUUGAUCAUGAAAACAAAAAGUGUAAUAUUUGUCCUAGCACUGAGGUUCAUUUCACUGUCGACAAAGAUAAAACUUGGAUAUUUUUAUCUGGACAUAGUUUGACUUGGGGAGCUCUCAUUAUAGGUUCGCUUAUAAUUUUUUUGAAAUGUGCUGCAGCAUUAAGUUUUGGUAUUGUAGUAGCUAUUAUGGUUAUUCGAUUUCAUCAAAAGGAUGCAUUGUAUGAAGUAUCCCUUUCCCAGCGGACAACAGUCUUCAUUGUUUAUUCAGAUGACUCUGAACUUCAUACUUCGUGCAUCGCAAGACUUGCAGAAUUAUUACAACGUUAUGCAAAUGUUGAUGUUUUCAUUGAUCUGUUUGAGUUAAAAUAUUCAGAUUCUAUUCCGUUAAGAUGGUUUAUUGACAAGUUUACAAUGGCUGGUCAUGUGAUUUUUAUUUUUUCUGAAGGAGCAAAUGCUAUUCUUCGUGGAAAAGUUCUAAUUCAACGACAGCCGUUUCCUGAAUUCUUUUCUACAGCAAUUAAUUUUUUAGUGACAGAGUACUACAAAACAGUUACUGAACAGCCAUUGAAGGUGCCAGCAAAGGCGAGUGUACGUUUUGCAUUUGCUUAUAUGACCUACUCACAGUCUUCGGUGAUUCCUUUGGAACUUACUGUUUUACCUAUAACAGUAUUUAAGUUGCCUGAUCAGGUUCGCAAUCUUAUUUCUUGGUUACACAAUCAGCGUUCAGAUAUUCCUGUCGAUGUUUCUAUCGAUAUUUCAAAUUUGAAAAAAGCUGUUAAAGAAGUUUUGGAAUAUCAGCGCAAUAAUCCAUUUUGGUUGACAGAAAGGUUGCAGUCAAAACAAAAGAAUAAUGAAGUAGUUUUUGAGCCCCAAAAUAUUCCUUUUGAAGAAGUCUCCCCAAUUCUAACUGCUAAGGAACAAGUUGUUAUUUCAAAAUCUUUGAAUCUAGAACCUCCAGAUAAUCAGCUAUCAGAAAACGUCGCUUCUAGGGAGGAUGUUCGGUUCUCUUUAUUAGGUUCACCUGAUGAUAGUUCUGAUAGUAUCAGUUCUCUUUCUGACAAAAUAGAUUUGCAGCUGUUGUUAGUGAAGUCUGAUUAA